AAUAGUACACAUCAGCCCGCGCGCACCGCAUCCAGCAGUCUAGCAGGAUGAAGCAUAGAGAGCUGGCGGCGGUAGCUCUGAUUCUGGGUUUGUCGUCGACUCUGUGCUCCUCUCAGACUUACGUCCUUACCGAUAAAGAGGGCCUGGGGAGAGCUUUUGACGGAAUUGGAGGUUUGAGCGGCGGAGGGGCGACGUCUCGGUUGCUGGUGAAUUACGCUGAGCCUUACCGCAGCCAGAUAUUAGACUACCUCUUUAAGCCCAACUUUGGAGCCUCUCUGCACAUACUGAAGGUGGAGAUCGGAGGAGACGCUCAAACUACUGAUGGAACGGAGCCGUCACACAUGCACUAUGAGAACGAUGAGAACUACUUCCGAGGGUACGAGUGGUGGCUGAUGAAAGAGGCCAAGAAGAGGAACCCAAAUAUCACACUCAUAAGUCUACCCUGGGCAUUUCCUGGGUGGGUGGGCCAUGGUAAGAACUGGCCCUAUGACUUCCCAGACAUCACUGCAGCAUACGUGGUGAACUGGAUCCUCGGAGCCAAGCAGUACCAUGACCUGGACAUUCAGUAUGUUGGGAUUUGGAAUGAGAGAAACUAUGACAGCAAGUACAUCAAGCUGCUGCGGUACACUCUGGAUAAGAGUGGUCUGGAUACAGUCAGGAUCAUAGCCAGUGACAACCUGUGGGAGCCCGUAGUCCUGUCUCUGCUGCUAGAUCCCGAGCUCAGCAGAGCCGUAGACGUGAUAGGGGCCCACUACCCAGGCACCACCUCAGUGAAGGAGGCCCUGAAGACACAGAAGAAGCUGUGGUCGUCAGAGGACUACAGCACCUUCAACGAUGAGGUGGGAGGAGGCUGCUGGGCUCGCAUCCUCAACCAGAACUACGUCAACGGACUCAUGACUGCCACCAUCUCCUGGAACCUGGUGGCCAGCUACUAUAAGGAUCUGCCAUUCAGCAGAGACGGGCUGAUGACGGCUGAGGAGCCCUGGAGCGGCAACUAUGUGGUGGAGUCUCCUAUCUGGAUCACAGCCCACACCACACAGUUCACCCAGCCAGGAUGGAGCUACCUGCAGACUGUUGGACAUCUGGCACAAGGUGGAAGUUAUGUAGCGCUGACUGACGGCAAAGGAAACCUCACUGUUGUCAUAGAGACCAUGACUCACGAUCAUUCAGUGUGCAUAAGACCUCCGCUCCCUCCCUUCAAUGUGUCAUCCCAGAAUGCAACUUUCCAGCUAAAGGGAUCAUUUGCCUCCAUUAAGGAGCUCCAAGUUUGGCGGUCACAGUUUAACUUCAAAACGAAAAAGUCCUCCUUCUUUGAGAAACUAACUCCACAGAAGCUUUUCGAUGGAUCAUUGACUUUAGAGCUGGCUGAAGAUGAGGUUUACACAUUAACCACCAUGACAACAGGGCAGAAAGGCAGCUACCCUGACUCCCCUCCCUCUGCUCGCUUCCCUAAAGUCUACACGGACCACUUUAACGUCCGAAACCCUCCCUUCUCAGAGGCUCCAGACUUCGCUGACCAGACGGGGGUGUUCGAGUACUACAUCAACAUGACCGACCCCGGACCUCACGUCUUCACCUUACGACAGGUUGUGACUGAGAGACCCGUCACAUGGGUGGCUGAUGCUGACCAGACCAUUAGUGUCAUAGGAGACUAUCAGUGGGAGAACCUGACGGUGUCAUGUGAUGUCUUCAUGGAGAGCGUGAAGGCAGGUGGUGUGUUCAUAGCAGCCAGGGUGGAUAAAGGAGGCCAGUCAGUCCGCAGCGCUAAAGGAGUCUUCUUCUGGGUGUUUGCAGAUGGCACAUACAAAGUUACCAAUGAUCUCUCUGGACAGACUGUACUUGCGGAGGGACUGUCUGGUACCCGAGCGUAUGGUUGGCACACUUUAUCACUCACUGUGGAAGGUCAGUAUGCGUCAGGGCUGCUGAAUGGAUACCCACUGUGGAAGAACGCUGUGGUACUGACAACAAAGAACGGCUGGGCUGCCAUAGGAACGCACUCAUUUGAACUGGCUCAGUUUGAUAACUUUGCUGUGGUGGCAGAAUAUUGAUUUAACUGUGAAAAAAAUAUUUACAUUAAGAUGUGAAUAUUUUGAUCAAUUUAAUUUAUUAACACAUGAGUGUAGGGCUCUACUGAAUAGUUUGAAGCUUCAUUCAUAACGUUGACAUUCAGAUUAUUAUUAUUAUUAUUAUUAAUUACUUACGGAAACAUUGUGGUCUCUCACAGACACACACAGCAGCACUCAGCCCUCGUCUCUGUAACUGCCUCUGUCCAAAUGUAGUGUGAUAUUCUGCUUCAAUCCAUAUUUGUUGGCAUUUGGUCUUUCAAAAACAUUUUCAAACAAGUGGUUGCUCUCCGGCUUGCAGCGCACAAAGGGAGGCACGCACCGGUGUCAACAGGACUGCUUAGCAACAUUCUAACACCAUAAAUGACAUCUAUAUCACCACAAUAAAAUCAAAUCAUGAUUUGUCCUAUCUUUUAGGGUGCUGACAUUAUAAAAUGUGAUGUCAGACAGUCUAAGCUUAAUUCAAAAACAUCAAUGAAGGUGUGACAAGAAUUAAGAGGAAAUAAUAGGCACAUAAUGUAAUUUCAACACUUUCUGAUAUAAUUGUAAAUCAGUUUUUUUUAAGGAAGAUUUAAAAAUAUAUUUUAAUGUUUUGCUUUGUAAUGAUCUAAAAAUGGCUGAAAUAAAAAAUGUGUAAAAUAAAAAGGGGUUGUUCUUAUAGUUGUUUCAUCUGGUUGAUAAAUAAUUGGCUACAACAUUCCCUUAUCUAGAUGUUGUGAAGAAAUGAUGAACACUGGUUGGACUUCAGGAUGGAACUCAAUUGGGGCCCAGGACAGAUGGCCAUGAGAGAUUCAAUCAAUCAAUCAAAAUGUAUUUGUAUAGCACAUUUUAAAAUAUAACACAGGUUGCCCAAAGUGCUGCACAUACAGUAGAUAAGCAGUCAUACAAUCAAAGACUGAAUUAAUAACAGUAAGUCACAUUAAAAUUAAGACAAACUGACACAAAUCACACAAAAGUGCCGUUCAGAU